AUGCGCAAAAAUCCGUAUCUGGCGCACUACUUCGGUGCCGCAUUGGACUCUAGUUGCGAGGAAGAGGUGGUAAAUGCGUCCACAAACUUUGUGUUCUUCCCCGGCCCAAAGCACAUGACGCAGCGGGUGUUCCGCCCAUCGCGGGGUCCAGAGCCGUCAAAAGAGCCCCGCACGCCUGUCCGUACACCGCCUUCGAAUCUCACUGCCGGUAUCCGGAUGCCCACAGCAGUGGCACGUGAUGGCUUUCCGUCGUCGCCUCCCGAAUGGACAAAUAGACUGCCGCCCCUGUCUCCUUCCGCUUCACUACGUUCCACUCCAGUAGAGGUGUACACAGGUGGACGAAACUUAUUGCAUAGUGACAUUGCAGCAACACCGUCUGAAUCGACAAUGAAGGUUUGCAUAUCGCAGCCUCUACCGCCCUCAAACGUUGCAGUACGGGCAGAAGCCCCUGGAUGGGAUCCAAUAAUUAGACAGUCGCAUUCUGCCCUUGCACAGGCCAAACAAUUACUAGACGUAAACACGCAAGCCUCUGACGCUGCUACACCUAUUCUUAAUGGAGUUCUUAGCACUGUUACCUCCGGUGAAAGACAAAGGGAGAGGGAAGAGGUGCCACACGUGUCACCUACAAAGACGCCCUGUGAGGGAGAACUUACUUUGCCAGGUCCCACGUCCUCGUGUACUCUGUUGAGUUCUGCUGAACGUCACACUCUUGACGUGAACGUCCCGCUACAGUCGCCAAAAGUGUCGACGUCUGCAGAAGCGUCUCCACAGGCUCCGGUUGUAAAUGCGUCCCCACGGGAAGAAGGGGAAGAUAUCGUGCCAAGCCCCAUGUCCUCCUCUCUUCCAACAAACUGGGUUAGUUCUCGUCCCGAUCUAUCGGCCUUGCAGCAGUCGGUGGCACCGGCUCCGCUGCAGACAAGGUGUCUUGUUCUGAUGCCAAACCCUGAUGCCGCCGCGUGUGCUUUGAAGCGCUGGUCACGUCGACCACCUUUUGUUUCCCCGACGCCGAACAGGGAAAGCGCAGUGUCGAUAAGGCCAACCGUGCAUGAGAGGGAACCUUUUGUAGUUUCCGCGGAGCGGCCUCACUCGCGGGCCCAGGGUAGGAAGAAAAAAUCGGCAUCUAGGGAGCGAAACCGAGGCGAUGGUCUUAUUUCUGUCUCCUCGGUCUACGGCAUAUUAGAGAGACUAGCGGAUGUUGUGCGUCCGCAAUCUGAUUCCAACCAUGUGGAUUCCAAUGGCGCAACGGGAAGGUUGGCUGCCUCAACUGAGCCACGGCAGAGCUUGAACGCCUCAAUAGAAAAUCGACAGAGCGGCGGCACGCAUCGCAAGGAUCGCCUCACGAGGGAACCCAACGUGGAACCAAAAGCUUUGAUGGCUAAUGCUCCACGAAUCGAGGGGGAUGAUUUUUUUGCAAAUGAUCAACGUGAGGCGCUUAAUUCCGUAGUGCCGACUUCGCAACUUCAACCCGUUGGGGUUACUUUGCAACGUUCGCUGCCUAUGCAACGACGAGCGUCUAGCGCCCGACGUCCAAGUUUUAGCCGCGCGCCGAGGACGCCGAGUUAUGCCUUACCCACUGAGAGCUGGCUCUGUAAGGGAGCAGAGCUCGAUGAAGGUCAUGUUGACUCCAGUUGUAUUUUGGAGGGGAAUAAAACAAAAGGACCUCUGCGUUAG